AUGCACCAGACUCCUCCUUCCGCCAGCACAGCAAAUCUGAGCCUACUUGGUGCUAGUUCCGUUCGACAAACCCAUUCAAAUCCUCACUCGUCCACCGACGAUGUUUUUCCCUUCUUCCUCCACCUUCGAUCUCCAACUGCCGGCCACUUCACCACCGCCCCCGGCCAGGUAACAUUUCUAUUACUCACGAACUCGACUUUCUCGCCUCCUCUCGGCAGUGCUAGGAGGGCUGAGAAUAUGACAUGGGAGCCCUUGUCCUUGAUCACGCUCUUGGUCACCUUCCUCACCCUCAUCUUGUGUCGUAGAUAUCUGUCUAGCUCCCGAACCCUCCUCUACGCAAUCGUUACCGCCUUGCUUCUACGACUCGAUGGCCGCGCCUUGUCUGGUGAGUUGAAAGCCCUCUCCUCGGCCCUUGUUCUGCUCGGAGCCUACGGCCAUCCCCAGACGGAUCGAAAAGCCGUCACCCCCCGACCGUCCGCCUGCAGGUCAGCAAGAACUAAUUGGGUUUCUGUUCCCCCUUCUAGGUUGGUGCAUCGAGCUUUUCAGACCCUAUGGAAGCCUAUCCCCGAACUUGUCAAUAUCCUGGGCCUCGAUAUUCCGCCACCGCCUGACGUCUGUCUUGCUGGAAUUCGGCCAGACUCAGCGUAUCUGACAUGGGACGCUCGAACCUCCCCUCACCGACCGGUCCAGAAGCUCCUGAUACAAGUCAACGGCGUUGAUGUGGAUGAAGUAGCCGGCAACGAGAAAGCUAUAACAAUUACUGGUUUACGACCCAAUCACUUUUACAACAUUAGAGUUAUAGCUGUUAGCCACAACAACUUUCGAUCCAACAGCACAGUCAUAAGACUUCGGACCUUUGGAAAAGAUGGUCGGCCGCAACUAGGAAACUCUCGGCUACCCGCCAAUUUUAUUGAUCCUGGCCACUCUCGUGCCGAUACCAAUGACGAUACCGACGACUCAGACGGGUUUGGUUCGCCGUAUCCCGCAGUAGAGGCUACACCAGUGAAUGACGCAAUCGCAAGCUCCUCCAGAGAUCUUGCCGGAAGCAUCCCCGGCCAGCGACGAAAUACUGUUAAUAGGCGCCAUUCUCCCUCAGUAGCGAGCGCAGAUCAGGCCCAAGUUAAGUCGUCGGCAUCGAACGAACCGGAGAUGUCACUGGCCGAGUUGAACGAUAAGUUUCAAGCUAUUCGUAAAGAAAUAGAAGAUGUUGUGCAAUUAGCCGCCAAGGAGCAAGCUGAGGCUCUGCAACAAGAAGAAGAGUUGAAGCGGGAGAGGGACAGGAAGAGACAAGCCCUCAAGGAGAAGGAGGAGUACACUACGCAGCUAAAAGCAAUGAUACGGACAACCAUGGAACAAAUGCGGACAGCGGAAAAGGAGCGAGCAAAGAAGGAGCAGCAACUACGGGAAAAGGAAGCCAAAAAGGCAAAGAUUAAGGAUAAUAUCGCAAAAUACGAGAGGGAGGUUGAGCGAAUGAGGAAAGAGCGGCAAGGGUUCGAGACCCAAAAGAAGGAGCUUGCAGAAGAAAGGGAUCGUAAAAUUGAAGAGCUCGAUGCACAAGUCGUAUCCCUGCAGGAAAAAUGCACUGGCCUUGAGGCUGAGCUCGCUCAAAAGGGUAAGCAACUACAGGAUUUGAAAGCAACCCGAGAGCAGCUCCCUGAUGCCAACGAUGAACAAUGGAGAGAGGAAGACCAGAGGAUGAAAAAAGAAUGGGACAUUAAGCGAAGAGACAUCCACCUUCGUCUUGUGGCGGAGACCAAGAUUGGCCACCAGUUGGACCAGCAGCUACGAGUUCUUCGGGAGCAACUUGCUUUCCAUCAACAACAGGCUGGCAGCAUGAACUUCUUUAACCAAGCUCCGCCCGCGUCGAUGGAGUUUGACCCGUCUUCAGUAGCUCAGAAACGGUUGAGCUUCCCCGGAGUUGGGUUAGGUGGUACGCCCGUCUCAUCCCCCCCAAUGGGCCAGGUUGAACCAAAUCUUCAAGGCAAUGUGGCCUACGGACCACCGGGUAGUUUCGCCCCUGGCCUCUUCAUGGACAUGUCAGGGAAUAACAAUAUGGAGGCUCAAUCAGAAGCUGAGCUUAAGGCUGCCAACGGACCGCUGAGCCCAUCCGCCCAGACUCUUCUCCCGUCAAACAUCUUUGACGAUAUUGAAGACUCCGAAGACGUCAGGGAACCUCAAAGUCCCAUUCUGCCUCAGUCUAUCGCAGUCGAAGACGAAGGGCCACAAUCGCCUGUUUCUCCCACCCCAUCCUUUCAGGUCUUCUCGAGUCCCCAAGGCUCCACGAAUAAUCUGCCGUACCAACAAUACGCGGAUUCGGGUGACCGAAUAUCACUCAAUAUGAACCAAUCGCCCCCUGCGCAGCCGCCGGCCAGCACCAACCGUUUCUCUACCCUCUUUUCGCCCUUCAAUCGCAGCAGCAAGGUCCCCAAGAUUUCGGAUGAAGAUGGCCCCCCAAUUGGUAGUCUCAAGAUAGGCCAAAGCCAGUCGUUCCCAAGGGGUACAGAGGAAGGCGAAAGUGUCGAGAUACGGAAGAGGAUAUGGCCAUGGGGCGUCGGCAAUAGAAAUUCUACAGGACAAGAUAGUGCCUUGGGAAGCCUAAACUAUUUCUCUGCUCGUCGGGUUAACUCCCUGAAGGGAUCUCGAAUUUCCGCCAUCUCGGAUCGAGAACAAGACGGUUCUAGGCCGCCAUCAAUUAUCUCUAUCGAUCAUCCUCGCCCAUCUACAGACAGCGCAUCCAUUUGGGGAGCUCCGGCCGAUGUUGGCACCAGCUUGAAGAAUAGUAGAUUUUGGCCACCAAGUCGGGGGGGCUCGAGGCGGCCAUCCUUGCACGGUUCGACCACUGCUCUCACAACUACUCUGGCUUCUGCAGAUGACGAGAUUUUGGACGAGGAUGAUCUUCGAGACCCUCAUACGUCGCCUUCCCAAGUUGGUGUCAUUGGAUCCCGGCCUCCUGGGUCAUCUUCAAAGUCUCUCAUGAACCAACGCCUCAACCCCACUGCCCCUACAUUUAUGGCAAACAUCUUCCGAAAGGACAAGGACAAAGAUAAGGACGGAAGUAAAGACAAGUCAAAGGAAGACAAGGGCAAGGGCAAAGAAGUUGCGGCAGCAGGGAAUGAAAUGCCAGACAGCCACGAUGACUCACCGUCAGACUCUCGCAUUUCUCGAGACACGUACUCUCUCCACACUGGAACAUCAGUAUCAGAGUCCCGCGAAUCACUGCAGUUAGACUUAACUCAGUCAAAUACGCCUUCCGAUAUGAACUCAGUUUCCACAUCCAACGCCAAGGAGUCAGAUAACGUCGUUCGGAAAUUGUUCCGCAAAGGAAGCUCCAGCAAGUUCAGUCUUUCUUCCAGGCUUGGCAAGGAGUCGGGGCUUUUUAAGAAAGGCCCUGGCAGCGCUUCCAACUCGGAUAGAAACGCGUCUGCGGAGCAGCGGUCAAGCAUUGGAGAUGUGGAUGAUCUUGGUGAGGAUGGCGCACCGUUUGGGCGAAGCUAUGACAGUAUGGCCAGUAGUCCGUCGCUAGGUCCAUCCAAAUCGAAAGACAGCAGAGAAGGGCGAAUGAGCUCCUGGCGCUUCUCCAUGAGGAAGAAAAGUAAGGACAAUCCUGUUAGAGAAAAGGAAAGUCUGGACAUUGAAAGGGCCACUGAGGAGGACUGA